CCGGGCGCUGGGCGGCGCUGGCUGCCGCUGGCCGGGCGGCGCGCGGGGCGGCGCUGGAGGCGGCUCCGGCAGCGGCCGGGGAGGCGGAGGGGAGGAGGGCUGCGGGGCUGGGGCGUUAGCUGCGUCCCGGCUCGAAGCCCGCGAAGAGGACUAGGAGGAAGGCGCCGCCGUGGCCGCGGUCGCAGUGCUCCGUGCGCGACAAGCCAUGAGCAGCGGCCCCGCGGGCGACCCUGCUGUCGCUGGCCGUCGCUGAGCCGGGUCGGGAGACAGCUCGCCGCUCCCCAGCACCCUCCCCAGCCGGCACCCUCGCGCCCAGAGAAACAUGAUUCCGGUGACAGAAUUCCGGCAGUUCUCUGAGCAGCAGCCUGCCUUCCGGGUGCUGAAACCGUGGUGGGACGUGUUCACCGAUUACCUUUCGGUGGCCAUGCUGAUGAUCGGUGUGUUUGGAUGUACUUUACAGGUCAUGCAAGACAAGAUAAUUUGCCUUCCGAAAAGAGUUCAGCCUUCUCAGAACCACUCGUCCGUCUCGAAUGUCUCUCAAGCAGUUGCCAGUACCACCCCACUGCCUCCUCCUAAACCAUCUCCUACCAACCCCGUCACCGUGGAAAUGAAAGGACUAAAGACGGAUUUGGACCUUCAGCAGUACAGUUUUAUAAACCAGAUGUGUUACGAGCGAGCCCUCCACUGGUAUGCCAAGUAUUUCCCUUACCUUGUCCUCAUCCAUACCCUGGUCUUCAUGCUCUGCAGCAACUUCUGGUUCAAAUUCCCUGGCUCCAGCUCCAAAAUAGAACAUUUCAUCUCAAUCCUGGGGAAGUGUUUUGACUCUCCCUGGACCACGAGGGCUUUAUCUGAAGUGUCUGGGGAGGACUCGGAAGACAAGGACAACAGGAAGAACAACAUGAGCAGGUCCAACACCAUCCAGUCUGGGCCAGAAGGCAGUCUGGUCAACUCUCAGUCGUUAAAGUCAAUUCCUGAGAAGUUUGUGGUUGACAAAUCCACUGCAGGUGCUCUGGAUAAGAAGGAAGGUGAGCAAGCAAAGGCCUUAUUUGAGAAGGUGAAGAAGUUCAGGCUUCAUGUAGAAGAAGGUGAUAUACUCUAUGCUAUGUAUGUGCGCCAGACUGUACUUAAGGUUAUAAAAUUCUUAAUCAUCAUUGCAUAUAACAGCGCGCUGGUUUCCAAAGUCCAAUUUACGGUGGACUGUAAUGUUGACAUUCAGGACAUGACUGGAUAUAAAAACUUUUCUUGCAAUCAUACCAUGGCACACUUGUUCUCAAAACUCUCUUUUUGCUACCUGUGCUUUGUAAGUAUCUACGGAUUGACAUGCCUUUAUACCUUAUACUGGCUCUUCUACCGUUCUCUAAGGGAAUACUCUUUUGAGUACGUCCGCCAGGAGACUGGAAUUGAUGAUAUUCCAGAUGUGAAGAAUGACUUUGCUUUUAUGCUUCAUAUGAUAGAUCAGUAUGACCCUCUGUAUUCCAAGAGAUUUGCAGUGUUCCUGUCGGAAGUAAGCGAAAACAAAUUAAAGCAGCUGAACUUAAACAAUGAGUGGACUCCUGAUAAACUGAGGCAGAAGCUACAGACAAAUGCCCAUAACAGGCUGGAAUUGCCUCUUAUCAUGCUCUCUGGCCUUCCGGACACUGUUUUUGAAAUCACAGAGCUGCAAUCUCUGAAACUUGAAAUCAUUAAAAAUGUAAUGAUACCAGCCACCAUUGCACAGCUAGACAACCUCCAAGAGCUCUCCCUGCACCAGUGCUCAGUCAAAAUCCACAGCGCGGCACUGUCUUUCCUGAAGGAAAACCUCAAGGUCUUGAGCGUCAAGUUUGAUGAUAUGAGGGAGCUGCCCCCCUGGAUGUAUGGACUCCGGAAUCUGGAAGAGCUGUACCUGGUUGGCUCUUUAAGUCACGAUAUUCCCAAAAAUGUCACCCUUGAGUCUCUGCGGGAUCUUAAAAGCCUUAAAAUCCUCUCUAUCAAAAGCAAUGUUUCUAAAAUCCCUCAGGCAGUGGUUGAUGUUUCCAGCCAUCUCCAGAAGAUGUGCAUACAUAAUGAUGGCACCAAGCUGGUGAUGCUCAACAAUUUAAAGAAGAUGACCAACCUGACAGAGCUGGAGCUGGUCCACUGUGACCUGGAGCGCAUUCCUCACGCUGUGUUUAGCCUGCUCAGCCUCCAGGAAUUGGACCUCAAAGAAAAUAAUCUGAAAUCCAUAGAAGAAAUUGUUAGCUUUCAGCACUUGCGAAAGUUGACAGUGCUAAAACUGUGGCAUAAUAGCAUCACUUAUAUCCCAGAGCAUAUAAAGAAACUCACCAGCCUGGAGCGUCUGUCCUUUAGUCACAAUAAAAUAGAGGUGCUGCCUUCCCACCUCUUCCUAUGCAACAAAAUCCGAUACUUGGACUUAUCUUACAAUGACAUUCGCUUUAUCCCACCGGAAGUCGGAGUUCUACAAAGUUUACAGUAUUUUUCCAUCACUUGUAACAAAGUGGAGAGCCUUCCAGAUGAACUUUACUUCUGCAAGAAACUUAAAACUCUGAAGAUUGGGAAAAACAGCCUAUCAGUACUUUCACCAAAAAUUGGAAAUUUACUGUUUCUUUCCUACUUAGAUGUUAAAGGCAAUCACUUUGAAAUCCUCCCUCCCGAACUGGGUGACUGUCGGGCUCUGAAACGAGCUGGCUUAGUAGUGGAAGAUGCUCUGUUUGAAACUCUGCCUUCUGAUGUCCGGGAGCAAAUGAAAACAGAAUAACUUAUUUUUGUUUAAAGUUUGGCUGACAUGCUUCUACCAAAUACAGUAUAAAUAAUUAGGUAGUCUUAAAGCCUGUCCUAUUUUAUUUUUAUUUUUUUUCUUUUUCACACAAAACAAAAUGUACACAAAGAUUGAGUAAGGAGUAUGUAUUUUUUAAUAAAAAUUUAAUUGUAUUUUUUCAACAUUAUUAUUUGAAAGUUUUAUUUGUCCUGAAAGCUAAUGUAUCUAUUAUUGUUUUCUACUGAAAGAAACAGUUCCAUCUGAUCUGUUUUUUGCGGUUUUGUGUUUUUUUCUGUUCAUUCUUGUGAAAGAGAGGGAAUUUUAAGUUGCAUGCUUUUUGGUAUUUUUUAAACAGAUGAAGAUAUUUUGCCAAGGUCAUUUUUAGCUUGUUUACACCUGUACAGGGUCCUCGUUUUUGUUUUCAUUGUGUCUAUACCAAGGAAUCUGUGCUAAUUAUUUUAAUACCAGCUGCCUUCUCCAUUGGCCAAGUCCAUCAUUCUACAGAAAAUUCUUAUCUGGAGUUUAAAUUCACAUAAGUGCAUUGUCACAGUCUAUUAUUUUUAAAUUCCCCCCUCCCCCCCACCUCCAACAGAACCCUGACUUACGUUAUUCCAUAUACCUGACGGUUAAAGUCAUCCUUCAGCAAAGAUUUUCUAAGUGGAUGAAGACAAUAAUCUUCCACAGUUGGCAUGCUUGAAUUGGUCAUUUAUAAUUUAACUGAUUUGCAUUCUUACCAACAUUUUAGAAAUAUUUAAAAACUAAAUCCAGAGGCUCCCCCCCACUGCUUUAAUCUCAAUAUGGCUAUGUAGUACUGGUGAACAACCUUAGAAAAGCCAGAUUUAUUUUAAUUAAAAUAGGUAAUUAAAUUUAAAAAUCAGAAUUAGAAGCCUGUUUUUUGAGUAAUUUAAUCAUCUUUGAUAUCUUGAUGUGUGGGUACAUCAGAUGGAAAAAAUUUCACUACUAAAUCACUCUGUUAAAGAGCUGGUGCCCUCUGGUCAGGCCCACGGAGGCCUCUGGGCAAUGUGGUCAUUAUUCAAAUUCUGCCUGUUACACAAAAUAAUUCACUUAUAUAUAUAUAUAUAUACACACACACACGCACACACACACACACACAUAUUAAUCAGUUUCCCUCAAGUCUGCCCUUGCUGUGAAUGCCAGUGAUGCAAGCACAGAACUCUAUCUGGUCUCUUUGGCUUAAGAUAAGUAUCUCAUCUAAAAUGGUUCUGUUACUGUUUUUUUAAGUGUGAAUAAAUUGCUAAGUGGAUGUCACUUAGCAAUAAUUUUUCCUGAUGGUCAGCAGAACUUUUAUUUAUCUUUGUACUUAAAAAUCCAACAUAGUAUGGGUCUUGGGCAAAAUUUUUCACUGAUGAUUAAGCUGUGUAGAACAGGAAAAUGAAAACACUAGUUGUGCCCUCAAUCCAGGACCAAUACUACUGAUCAUGGGAAUUUUGUUUUAGGUACCAAAUCACAUCAACCGUUUUCCGAGCCCUAGUCUGAUCUAAGAAGGUUUUGUGACUUAACAAUGAAAGAAAAUAGGAAGAUGAUUUGGGGUUUCAAAAUGCUGCUUUUAAAUUUGCCCCUUGAUCCUGGUGACUUUGCUCAACAAUGCUAUCUUGUCAUGUAUGGAAUAGAACUAUAGGAAUUACUCUGCAGAUAUACGUACCUCAGUCGUGUUUUAAAUGUUAUGAUACAUUGUGGGUGAAGGGUUUGAAAGAGAGAUACUUUUCAUUUAUCUAAUAAUCUAAUCAUGCAAACCAAAAUGCUUCACUGUUUCUGCUCUGUGUUAAAGUGUUGGAAUGGUGAUUUUGUAUAGCUGAUUUAUUUUGACCUGGAAUUGAAACAUGUUUAAAAUAGUAACAUGGAUCUAUUUCUUAUAGGAUAAAAUAUUCAAUUCCAGAAUAUUGUCAGGAUCCCAAUUAUGAACAAUAUCUUGUAUUUAGAAACAUGGCCCUGUCUGUUUUAAACAAACAAACAUAAAACCUGGAAGAUUGUCCAUGGCUGAGCAUGACAAAAACACCCUGUUGAAAGGUGAGCUUAGAUAACUACUGGUAAAACUGGGUGCACUAUUUUUCUGCACGAAAUUUAUAGUUAUUUUCUAUGUCACCCUUCAAAAGGGAUCUAUUCAGGUUAAAAAUCGUAUUUAUGCUGAAGUCUUUAUCUGGUGUUAACUCAAUCUCAUAUGUGUUUAUAACUGAAGUCACUAAUAAUUAGUUUUUAUUACUCAUAAUGAUUUGCUCGAAAUUCCAAAAGAAGUUGAUUCACUUUCUUAAUGAUUUCACAGGCUGACCCUUCAUUUAAUAACCUAAUAAAUAAAUUCUAAAUGACAUCCAAUAAAUCAGUAUAGUUCUAUGACUUUAUGUUUUAACUAAAAAGGAAAAUUCAUAGAUAUUUCUAUUCGAUUUUAUAAAAGUUCAUCUCUCAAACUUCAUCUUGAAUUUUCUGACUCUGGCCCUUUUUAAUAUUGUGGAUUUUUGUUCGCAUUCUUAAAUAAAAAACAUUCAAUUACUAUUUAGCCUUUAAGUGGGAAACUCAGGUAAAUGAACUGCUGACUUUUCUAAAGUCCUUUCACAGAUCAACUCAGCAAAACAGGGGUUUAACCUAACCCCUUUCCGUAUUUUAUAAGUGCUCUUGCUAAAAAACAACAAUUGGCUCUGUUUCUCCAGCCUCAGGAGGAUACGUGAGAAACUGCUUACGUCAAUAUAAAAGCGCCAUGCGAAUUCAUAACUCCUGUGGCUGCUUGAAGCCCAUAAUGGGUACACUUUCUGGUCAGUUUUAGUUGUUAAGUGUAGAACAGACAAUCGUCUGGUGAUGGUCAGGUUGAAACAGAGCAUAUAAGUACAUCCCAACGGAACUCUCCUAAAAAGACCACAACUCAGAAAACUAGCUACCUGUUGGGUUUUGUUUUUAACACAACACUUUUAAUAUAAAGGUUCUUAAUGCAGUGAAACCUGUUAUUUACAAUUAUGAAUGUUUCUUCUUGUUCACCCACCCUUUUCCCUGCCCUUGCAUUUCCCAUGUAGCUAUUGUAAUGAGUUCUAACAGUUUACACGGCAUCCUCUGUGGCAGGCUCUGCUUCUUCAGAAAGGCUUAGAAGGUAUGCCUGCUGUGGGUUUUUUGUUCAUGUCGAGGUGGCUCCUCACCUGCCUCUCAAGCCAUCGUUGUAGAGAGGGGCUUAAAUGACCUGGAAUGUUCCUAGUGUUAGUUGGGAUGAGGAAAGUCCAAGUUCUUGCAAUAUGCUACCUUAAGAUUUCUGAUAUUAAGAAAGAGAAAACAAAACCUUUGCUUGUAUCUCUUGUCGCCAUUUCCCCCAAGAGAAGUUUUUCUGUUUAUUUUCCUAAUUCUAAUGUAAGAAAAGUCCAUUUUUAAGUAGUUUGUUUUACUCUCUGAUUUCAUACCAAAUACGUGCUCAAAAGUAAUGAUAUAUUUACUUAAACAGUGAACAUUCAUGAUCUAUCUUUAUGAAAACUGUCAGCAGUACUUACUAAACAGAUAAGAUACAUUUCAAUAUAAUUUCAAUUUGUGUUCAGAGACUAAAUUAAGAUUCAAUUAACAUUGCCCUAUUAAUCCUGAAUGUGAUAAUUCUAUUCAAGCAGUUCACAUUUGUGGUAGGAUCUCAAUAACUCGAAAUAGGUUUCCACACUAACCCUUAGUUAGCAACACAAAUUAACACAGUACAGUUAUUAGUAAGGGGAAUGCCUCAAGGGUCUGUAAGAUUUUUUCCUCUUUUCCUGUCUAUUCAGAGACACUAUAAGAAAGCUUGGACAUUUUCGACCAGACCUGCAUUGAUGUUUCAGCUUUAGACCUCAGUGACAUGCUUCUAAUAGAACUUUAUACCAGCCUUCCAAACUAGGGAUCCACUCUCGCUCCAUUUUCCAAGAACCGUGAACGGAUAAAGGCAACAUCCUAAAGUUCAUUUUGGGGAAAGGGAAGAGGGUCUCCUUCCACCCCAAGGAAUUUUUUUUAAUCAGAAGACCUUGAAAAGGGGGAUAUAACUUUGAACAAUUUAAUUUCUUGGCCGUGUUUAGUAACAGUUCCUAUGCAUGGUUUUUAACGUAUAGAUUUGCUUUCUUCUGAAUACCUCUCCCUCUCCCACCUGAUUCUGCUUCUUUAAUGAAUAUUUUUACUGGGGUUGAAACUCAAUGCCUUAUGUGCUCACUCAGUUUCCCUUCUGCAGCUUGUUUUUUCUCACUAUCUGUAUGUGUUCAGAUUGUGUCAAAUGCUGGCAAAACCUCUAAGACUGUCAAGAAAGGCUUGAAAGUUGAUUUGUCCUAGUGCAAAUUCAAGAUAAAUGUCUUAAUGUUUUUUGGCUAUGUAGUACAUAGGA